CAAUAACAAGAAAAGAAGAAUAACACUCACGAGAAGUGGCGUGUUCACUAUGAUAUGAUACGUACUAUAGUAUACUAAACUCUUCCAUGGACAAAUUCUGAAAUCCGAAGAAACCCUAAUUCCCAUUCAAGCUUUAAACCCUAAAACCCCAAAUUCAUCACAAUCCUUUGGUUCUCUGUGACGAUGGCUUCCUCUUCGAGUAGCGGAUUGACAUUCAAGCUGCACCCUCUUGUGAUCGUUAACAUCUCGGACCAUUACACGAGGGUGAAGUCUCAGAUGAACCCAACCCACGCACCUCACAACAACACUACACCCAAUGGCGGUGACGGCGUCGUUUCCUCCCUUCCGCCGCCGCGAGUCUACGGUUGCGUCAUAGGGGUGCAGAAGGGUCGCACCGUCGAGAUCUUCAACAGCUUCGAGCUUCUCUACGAUCCUUCUACACAUUCCCUCGACCGUCCUUUCCUCGAGAAGAAGCAAGAGCUCUAUAAGAAGGUUUUCCCUCAUUUUUACAUACUGGGAUGGUAUUCGACUGGGAGUGAUGCAGAGGAAUCAGAUAUGCAUAUUCACAAAGCUUUGAUGGAUAUCAAUGAAAGUCCGGUUUAUGUUCUUCUCAAUCCUUCAAUCAAUCACUCUCAGAAGGAUCUCCCAGUCAGCAUUUAUGAAAGUGAACUGCAUGUCAUAGACGGGAUUCCACAGCUUAUCUUUGUUCACUCAAGCUAUACUAUUGAGACUGUUGAAGCAGAACGGAUCUCAGUUGAUCAUGUUGCUCAUCUUAAGCCAUCUGAUGGUGGUUCAGCAGCUACGCAAUUGGCUGCUCACCUUACUGGUAUACACAGUGCCAUCAAAAUGCUUCAUAGCAGAAUAAAGGUGCUACAUCACUAUCUUCUUGCAAUGCAAAAAGGCGAUGUUCCUUGUGAGAAUUCACUAUUAAGACAAGUGUCAAGUCUCCUGAGAAGAUUGCCUGCUAUUGAAUCUGGGAAAUUUCAAGAUGAUUUCUUAAUGGAAUACAAUGACACCUUAUUGAUUAGUUACCUUGCUAUGCUGACCAACUGCUCAAGUGCAAUGAAUGAACUUGUCGACAAAUUCAAUACUGCUUAUGAUAGGCAUAGCAGAAGAGGUGGACGAACUGCUUUUAUGUGAAAGCUGCUUGGUUGCUUAUUUCUGGUUGUCUUGCUGUAGACAGCCUCGAAGCACUUUUCCUACUUUGUAGGAAUAGAUUUUUUUGUUUUUUUCCCCCUUUGUUGCUUAGGCAUAGGUAAUUAAAGCUUAUAAUUGCUUGGAUUUGAAGAGAAUAGAGAGUAAAAAAAGAGUGGAAAGUCAAAAUAUUACCAUGCCCCCUCCAUCGAAAAAAGGAAAAAAGUAUUUGUUUUUGCAUUUCUGUAACAAGUUCUUUGCAAAGUUGAGGGGGACAAAAGAGUUCAAGACGUGAUGUGAAUUUUCAAUGUGAUUCUUUGUUGAGUCGCCAUCCUCAUCCUUAGUUUUCGUGCUUACUGGGUCCGAAUUCUUUUGCAUUUCUUGGAAGCACAGAACUUUUACCCGGUUAAGGGGAUCAUACGGUGGAACAAUUACUUGUUACUGCAUUGAGUCAAUUUGUAUUUAUUUUGCUAAACAAACGAUAUGAUAGUCAUUUUUCUUUUUGUUGAAAUCGUGUGCGCACCAACACCUAAAUGGUUUUAAAUUUGAUGUAAUAAUUAUUCC